CAGCAGCUACAGGAUAUGGCUCUGGGGAUUCCAAUGGCAGUCUGCCUCCUGUUCAAAGCAAUGGCGGCCGCGCUGACCGAGGAAGCAGAAGCGCAUGUGACGCCUCCUAGCACAGCGCAGCAGAGCAACUGGACGGUCAACAACACGGAAGCGGACUUCAUAGAAGGACCUGUAGCUUUGAAGUUCCCCCACCCUUGUCUGGAAGACCAUCAUAGCUACUGUAUUAAUGGAGUGUGCGCAUUCCACCAUGAACUGAAGAAAGCCAUUUGCAGAUGCUUCACUGGUUACACAGGAGAAAGGUGUGAGCAUUUGACCUUGACUUCAUAUGCUGUGGAUUCUUAUGAAAAGUACAUUGCAAUCGGGAUUGGUGUUGGAUUGUUAAUUAGUGCCUUUCUUGCUGUCUUACAUUGCUACAUAAGAAAAAGGUGUCUAAAUCUGAAAUCACCUUACAUCAUCUGCUCUGGAGGGAGACCAUUGUGAGACCUUAUAAGGCAUCCUCAUCAAGUCAUUUGUCAAUGGAGACUCCAAUGGAGGUCUUCAGAUGAUACGGAAUGUAACAAGCUAACUUGAAAAUAAUGGAGGUUUGGGUGACAGUGCAAUAAGAGGAUAAAAUUCAACGUUGGUUCUUAGGUUUUACCAUCUUUGGGUGCCAUGAGAGCUAUGUGAACAAGCUACACAGAAGCCAAGGUCACAACCCUCCCUUGGGCUUGUUAUUGCGUGGUCAUUGUCACUGCAGGAGGACUUGUUCCAUGCUUCUGAUCAUCUCAGAUGUGAGUUUUCAUUUUAACUGUUUACCCCACAUCAAGUCAAAGUAAUGAAUGCCGUGCCUGAGUUCUUCAUGUACUCAACAUUUGGGGCCACCUGUUUCAAUGGACCUGAUCCCAAACCAUCUGUCCUGAUGGUAUUUCAGGGAAUUUGGUAUCAACUUUCAAAUGAAACCAAUGAAUGGGUCUUUGAGUGAACCAAAAAUGCAUUUAACCUGAACCACUGGAAGAAAAUGGAGUAUC